UAGUGCAGUCGUUUUCCUAUGCAUCGUUGAAAUUUAGUGAAGUGUAUUAAAAAAGAUGGAAUUACUGAUGUGUCUUUUGCGCACAGUGUUCCAUACUUUAAACGCUGUUUAAGGAUACAUGCUUCUUCAGUUUCUUCACACUGUUGACGCAAUUAUAUUGUUACGUCAACAUUUAUAGACGUAUGUAAUAAUUCUUCUUUUCGGGGGGGAAUGAGGAACUUGUAUUGCUUUUUCAAUUAUCUUGGAAAGGUGGCAGGUGCUAGUUAACAUAAUUUAUAAUAAUUAUGGAAAAUCAGAGUCACCACAGUCAAGCUUACCAAACGCAUCAGUCAUUUUGGAAAAAGAAUACGCGUGCUGUUCCAGGCAGGCCAAGUCCGAAACAAGAUGGUAAACUUGGGAAAAUAGGUGGUGCUGCACUGAUGUCUGGCAGUUCUGCCAGUACGGUAUCUAGCAGUAGUGGAGCUAUAUCAGGAGGAGGUUCUACGUCGUUUCAAGACUUUCAAGAAAGUGUGGACGAUGCGUGGGAUUCCGGAGACGACGAAUUUUGCACGGUGUCCGAUGUAAAAAUAUCGAAACGAGUUAGCCAUUCUGCUGCUAUCAGUGUUAUUAAUAGCCAUAGAUCAAGAAAAACGUGCGUAGAUUUGGGGACAAAUGUAAAAUGUUCGCAACGCGUUCAAGAAAUAAUUCCCGUGGAAAAAAGGGCGGAGGCACUCCAAAGAUUAGCCGUUCAACCGUUGCAUUUACGAAAUGCCAACUUGUCUACGCAUAUCCAAGUGAACAACAGUCAGCAUUCCACGGAAGAUACAGAUAUAAAAUAUGGUGCUUCCCCGCAACAUAAACCAACGCAAUUUCCAGGCAGACCGCAACCGUUAAGACAAACGAACGCGCCUAUGAAAUUUUUUAUACCUUCGAAAGAGCAAGAUGGCGAAAGUAAAAUAGAUAAAUUUCAGUCCCUUUUGGAAGCCUCUGUGUUAAAUUUAGACGAAUUAAGACAGUUAUCAUGGUCGGGUAUACCUGCGCGAUUGCGUUCCGUUACAUGGAGGUUAUUGUCUGAAUAUUUACCAGCGAACUUAGAACGAAGGGAACACGUGUUGGAACGUAAACGUUUAGAUUAUUGGAAUUUAGUAAAACAGUAUUACGAUACUGAAAGGGACGAAGGAUUUCAAGAUACAUAUCGUCAAAUUCACAUUGACAUUCCAAGAAUGUCACCGCUUAUUUCGUUGUUCCAGCAAACAACGGUGCAACUAAUAUUCGAACGAAUACUUUAUAUCUGGGCAAUUCGGCAUCCCGCUUCAGGAUACGUUCAAGGAAUGAACGAUUUAGUGACACCUUUCUUUCUGGUGUUUUUGCAAGAAGCAGUGCCUGCAUCGGUAUGGCAGGAUUUGGAAAAUUACGACGUUGCGUCGUUAGAAAAAGAACAACGGGAUAUUAUAGAAGCAGAUAGUUUUUGGUGCUUGUCUAAGUUUCUGGAUGGUAUUCAGGAUAAUUACAUCUUUGCUCAAUUAGGCAUUCAGCACAAAGUGAAUCAAUUGAAAGAACUGAUACAGAGAAUCGACGCGCCAUUGCAUCAACAUCUACAUCAACACGGUGUGGAUUACUUGCAGUUUUCAUUUCGAUGGAUGAAUAACUUGCUAACGAGAGAAAUUCCCCUUCAUUGCACGAUUCGUCUGUGGGAUACAUAUUUAGCGGAAUCCGAUCGAUUUGCUUCGUUUCAACUUUACGUAUGUGCCGCGUUUCUUCUUCGUUGGAGACGUCACCUUUUAUUACAGCCUGAUUUUCAAGGACUGAUGUUAAUGCUACAAAACCUGCCGACUCAGAAUUGGACAGAUUCCGAAAUCGGGAUAUUGGUAGCGGAAGCAUACAAAUUAAAAUUUACAUUUGCAGAUGCUCCGAAUCACCUGCAGGCACAUGAUACCAGGUGACCAUUUUGCAAUGCGUUUAGAUAACAGUAUCGUAAUUGCGGCCAAGGAUAUUGGCACAAAUGAUUUUGUGCUAGGUUUAUUCGUCUGUUUCUACAGUUAUCGAGUAUAUGUAUAUGUUAUGUAACUCGAUGACACUUGACCAUUUUAGGUUUUUUCGAUUCUGACGACUGCAAACAAAUUUAUCACUCUGUUUAGUAGCCUUAGAUAAAAGCUCUAUGUUUUCGUUACG